UCUACGGAGAGCACGAUGUCCGGACGAGGAAAGGGAGGCAAAGGUUUGGGGAAAGGAGGCGCCAAGCGUCACCGCAAAGUCCUCCGCGACAACAUCCAGGGUAUCACCAAACCCGCCAUCCGCCGCCUGGCUCGCCGCGGCGGCGUCAAGCGCAUCUCGGGCCUCAUCUACGAGGAGACCCGCGGCGUGCUCAAGGUCUUCCUGGAGAACGUCAUCCGCGACGCCGUCACCUACACCGAGCACGCCAAGAGGAAGACCGUCACCGCCAUGGAUGUGGUCUACGCCCUCAAACGGCAAGGCCGCACUCUCUACGGCUUCGGCGGUUGAAAUCGCCGUCGAAUUAAACAAAAAAAGGUCCUUUUAAGGACCACACACACACAUUCUAUAGGAGCUUUUCUGUUCUCGCUGCAGUUAUUUGAUAACAGCUUUCUUCUUCAUUCGUGUUUUCCAACGUUUGGCACGUGAAGGCACCGCGCUGUCGCCAUCUACUGGCCAGCAUGAGUCCUGGUCUUGGUGAAAAUGCAACACGCCCACUUCGGUUUGUGUCAGGUGCUGUGUUCCAUUUUCGUUUUAGAAAUGAAAAUCAAACACUUAUUCCACUUUUCCUUCCUCCUUUCAGACGACAAAAGUGUUGUCAUUGUCUUUUUCCAAGUCGUGCAGCAAUCUAACAAUAGUGUGAUGCAGUGUCUUAGCACUAGAUGGCGCCAUAGUAGUAGUUCUGGGCACUCACUAUGUAGUACGUGAGCAAAAGCGUGGAGGUGAACAUGGCUUGACUAUGCAGUGACAUAAAAUGAGCUGUAAUUUGCUUCCUCAGAAACAUGCACAAUAAAAUCACAUUAUUAAAUAUUUGCUCUUUACCCGCAAUAUUGUAUCUGCUGUACUUUAACUUGUACAGCUAAUAAAGGCUUUCCAGUAUGUU